AUGACCGAUACUCUGAUCAACUCCAACUUUCUGGGGCCCCUUUCCGGCGAUGGCCGGCUUAAUCUGACCCUGCUCCGGGUGCCUGUCCUGCCGGUGGCCGAGGCGCCCGAUGGUGGUGCUGUCCCCGAUGCCACCGCCGCCAAGGGGAAGCCACUCACCAAGGGUGCCGGGAUGGCCUGGGCUUCGACCACCGGCAGCGCGGCCGCGCCAAGCACCCUGCCGUCGGCGGCGGCCGCCCCUCGGGAUGCCGGUUCCGCCUCCUCUUUUCUGGACUUGUCUCGGGUGGACUUCUGUCUGGCCCCGGAGGACCGUGCCAGCCUGAGGGCCACGGCCUCGGAGGCCGGCGCCGCGACUCCAGCCCCCACCCGGGCAGCGCCUCCCAGCUUUGCGGCGGCGGCGGCGGCGGCGGCGGCGGCGGCCACCUCCGCCGGCUCCGGCAACACCCCGGUCGUGGCAGCCAGCGCGCCGGCCACUCCCGCGGCCCCGGUUCCCGGUCGCCGGGUCGUCAUGUCGUAUGCGCACAUGGCGGCGGCCAAGCUGCCAGCCGCCGAGACCGCGCCGGCCAAUGCCCUGCCCGGUGGCCUGUCGCUGUCUGCGCUCCCGGCCCCGGCCUUCCCCCUGAGUCCGUCUCUCUUUUCCUUUACGCGGUCGCCGGCCCCUGUCGCCGCCCAGCCUGGCCAUGUGUCGGACACGUCGCAGUCGCCCACCAUUAGCCUCACCUGUGGUGGGGCGCCCAGCGCCGCGCCGAUCUCCCCACAAGCUUUCAUCGAGGAUGUCGUUCCCUUGGUAUCCGAGCACCUUCGCAACUUUUCGCAAAAGGCCUCGGUCCCGCCCCUCCGGCCGCGUGGGUUCAUCAAUUCCGGGAACAUGUGCUUCAUGCACUCGGUCCUCUCGCCGCUCAUCCACUAUGCCCCGAUCCAGCAUCUGAUGGCGUCGAUCCCGCCGCGUCACAUGCAGGCCCUCUCCGAGCUGGCCCCCUUCCUGAAGGCCUUCGCGGACCUCAUGCGCCAGUUUGAGCCGCUGACCGGGUCCGGCUCGCAGCCGGGCACCGCGCCGACCUCGCCGAAUAAGCGUCAGCCGGUUGGUGCCGGGGCCACUGUCAGCACCAGCUCUGGGCCCCUCAACGGUGUGGGCAUUUCGGCUGACCAAUUCCCCUCGACCCAGGGUCCCCUGCGUUUGCCGCAGGACAUCCUGACCGCCGUUCACUCGAAGAAGGGCCUGGCCCUCACUGGCAACCAGGAGGACGCCGAGGAGUUUCUCGGUCAUAUCCUGAUGCUGCUGCAUGAGGAGUUCUGCGAGAUCCUCCAGUACGACGACCGGCUGUUUAAGAAGCGCACCGGCCGGUCACGCACCGGCCAGGAUGAUGACGAUGAUGACGGCUGGUCCGUGGUUACUGGCACAUCGGGCAACCGAGUCGUGCAUGCGCGUGCUGUCGGAUCGGACUCCAAGUUCCCGACCCCCAUCUCGCAGAUUUUCUGGGGCCGGACGCGUAACAUCGUCAAGAUGGUCCACUCCAACACCCCCUCCAUCACAUUCCAGCCCUUCCACACGAUCCCCCUCUUCAUCAAUUGUCCGUCGGUCACCUCUCUGGAGGGUGCCAUUCUGAACUUCGUGCAGGAGGAACCGCUGCUUGGCUUUGUCGAUUCGAACACCGGCCAGCCCGCCACGGCCCAUCGGUCUUGCUCUUUUGAGACCCUUCCACCGAUGAUCAUUUUCCACAUGAAGCGCUUUGUGUACACCAUCAAGCCCGUGUCCAACGGGCGAGACCAGCUCCUGCCCCCUGGAGGCAGCCCCCUCGGCGGCAUUGACGACAUGCCCGAGAUGCCGGACAUCAACAUCGUCAAGAUCCGCAAGCCAGUUAGCUUCCCGCUGCACCUCCAGCUCCCGGCCGAGUCCAUGCAUCGGAGCCUGUCCGCCUCCUCGUCCUACGAGCUUCAUGCAGUGGUAAACCACCAUGGCCCCUCGGCUCAGGGCGGGCACUACACCUGCUCGCUCAAUCACCCGUCCCUGGGCUGGCUGCGCUUUGACGAUUCUCAUGUCACCCCGCUGGCCAGCCCGCCAGUGAUCACCCCGGCCGCGGUGCGUGCAGCCGAGUAUCCUCGGCCGCGGCCGGCGACCACCAGCAGCCCCCGCUCUUCGCCUCUGUUGGUGUCUGCCGCCGGGGCCGACCCCUCGGGUGAUGAGAGCGGCGACGCGUACCUGCUCUUCUACCGGCGCUCAGGCUGACGCCAAUCUGACAGGCACUUCUCGCCGUCCCUUUCUGUGUGUGCCUCUCGCUUGCUGGCUGGCUGGCUGGCUGGCCGGCUGGCUCUGCCUCACGGGCCGGCACAGGCCGCCGUCUGCUCCUCGAGCGCGUCCACCAGGGGGCCCCCAGGGUUCCCAUUUGUCCUUGUUCCUUCUCCCUCAUCACGUGAAUGUAUCCACAUGAACAAACCUCUCUUCGUUGGCACCAG